ACGUUAAUGAACUGCGUCACAGGAAGAAAACAAACCAUCCUGCUCCAAAUACUGAUCAGUUUUACUGAUCAAUAAUCAGUUAUUUAAAUGAUUAGCUAGCUGUUUAAAUGAACAGCUAAAUAUGUGUCUUUAGUUUGGUCAAACGGGAGAAUAAAAAUGGAUUUUACCGGUGAAGUAACGGCUCCAGGGUGUUUCUAACCGCCAAACUGAAUCCUACUAACUGGACUCUAUUGUUGGCUGUGUUGACCUCUGACCUCCACCAUGAGCUCCAGGGUGUGCAAGACCUGUGGGGGGUCAGACAUAGAUGUGGAUCAGGCCCGGGGCAGUGCGGUGUGCACCAGCUGUGGUUCGGUUCUCGAGGACAACAUCAUCGUCUCGGAGGUUCAGUUUGUGGAGGGAAGUGGAGGAGUUUCGUCUGCUGUGGGACAGUUUGUCUCUGCUGAUGGUCCAGUUAAGGCCCCCCUUCUUGGGUCUGGUUUUCACACCAGUGUUGGGAAAGAGUCCAGAGCCCAGACCCUGCAGGGCGGUAAGCGUCAGAUCCAACAGCUGGGCAGCCAGCUGCAGCUCAACCAGCACUGUUUGGACACGGCCUUCAACUUCUUCAAGAUGGUCGUCAGUAAACACCUGACGCGAGGACGCAAGACGGAGCACGUCAUCGCCGCGUGCCUCUACCUGGUGUGUCGCACCGAGGGGACGCCACACAUGUUGCUGGACCUGAGUGACCUGCUGCAGGUGAACGUUUACAUCCUGGGAAAAACCUUUCUGCUGUUGGCUCGGGAGCUCUGCAUCAACGCUCCCGCCAUCGACCCUUGCCUGUACAUCCCUCGGUUUGCUCACAUGUUGGAGUUCGGGGUGAAGACUCACGAGGUUUCCAUGACGGCUCUUCGUCUCGUUCAGAGGAUGAAGAGGGACUGGAUGCACACGGGACGCCGACCGUCCGGACUCUGUGGAGCAGCUCUUCUGGUAGCAGCUCGGAUGCAUAAGUUUCGUCGUACGGUGAAGGAUGUGAUCAGUGUGGUGAAGGUCUGCCAGACCACUCUGAGGAAGAGAUUAACAGAGUUUGAGGAAACGCCCACCAGUCAUCUGACCAUCGAUGAGUUCAUGAAGGUAGAUCUGGAGCAGGAAUGUGAUCCACCGUCCUUCACCGCCUCACAGCAAAAAACCAAGAUGCAGCAGCUAGAACACGAGCUGGCCAGGAAGCUGGAUGAGGUCGAAGGAGAGAUCAGCUGCUACAAAGACGAGAUUGAGACUGAGCUGGAAAAGAGCCGACCUAAGCUGAGAGGAAUCUACGCCGCCUACGCCAAAGAAAUCGACCCCGAGGACGUUGAGGUUUUGUCCUCGACCUCUGAACCCGAGGUGCCAGAGAUCGAAGAUGCCGAGCUCCAAGCCGCCGCCCAACACCUGACACAGAACUUCCUGUGUCAGGUGAUCCAGGAGGAGGACGGGAUUGACAAGAAGACAGAUGACGAGCAGGAGGCGGGGCCAGACAAGGACGGGGCGGGGCCUCAGCGUCAGGCCGCCCCUCUGGCUGUCAUCCUGGGAAAGCUGCCGAGCGCCGCCAGCCUGAGCCUCCAACAGACCUUCCAGACCUUCAACGAGCCCGCAACAGGCGAGCAACCAGACGACGAUCAGUCGGAGAGUGGAGAGCUGGACCUGAACGAUAUCGAUGAUCUGGAGAUUGAUAAGUACAUCCUGAAUGAUCGGGAGGUCGAGGUGAAGACGGAGCUGUGGAUGAAACAGAACGCAGAAUACCUGAAAGAGCAGAAAGAGAAAGAAGAGAAGAUCAAGAAAGAGAAAGAACAAGGGACGUAUAAAGAGAAGCCGAAAAAGUCCAAGAAGAAGAAGGAGCAGAUCCAGGCGUCGACGGCGGGCGAGGCGAUAGAGAGGAUGUUGGAGAAGAAGAAGAUCUCCAGUAAGAUCAACUACGACGUCCUCAGAGACCUGAACAGCAGAGGGACAGGAAGUGGGGGGGGCAGCAGUCCCAGCAGAGCGGCCUCCGACACGCCAGACGCCUCCGCCGCCACACGGAAACGACUCAACCGCCGCCGACGCAAGAAGACCAGCGAUGCAAACCGAGACCUGGCCGCUACCGCCACCAUCAUGGGGAAGAGGGUGCGACUCCUCCUAUCCGCCACAUCAAAGAAGAAGAAAACAGCCGUCCAGGCAGAAACCACCGUCACCAUGACAACAGAUGCAAAGACAGAAAGUGCAUCUGAAGCGACUCCUGUCCCUGAACCAGACACCAGCUCCACCCCCGCUGCUCCAGCCCCUGUGGUGGUGGUGAUGGAGGAGGAGGAGGAGGAAGAGGAGGUGGAGAUGGAGGCAGAGGGGGAGGGGGAGUGUGUCAGCGCUCUGCAGCUCGUAGGAGAUUACGGCUGUGAGGCGGAGGAAGAGGAAGUCUUCUAGCUUCGUCUUGCUGACCUUUUGACUUCCAGCGUAUAAGCUCUCCGUCCGAGAUCGAGGCAGCUCUACUGAGAUGAAUCAAUGUUACAGAAAUCAAUAACCAAUAUUAGUGAUCAGUUAAACCGGUUAAAUUAUCAUUGAUGAAAAAAAAGCAUCACUGAGAUGAAACUAUUUUUUUAAUUGAUCACUGAUCGUUAGAAUACAUUUCAUAACAUCGAGCGUCUCGUGUUCAUAUUGUAAAAAACUAAAGUUAUAGCUUUUAGAUGUUUGUGUGUUUUUAUAUCCGUCUGUAUGAAUGUAAAUAUGAACGUUCACAUUCCUGUAAAGUAUGAAAUCAUUUCAACUUCAACCAGCUUUAAUACAGUUUUAACUGUUUUUAGUGUUUUUAUUGUGUAUUUUUGUUGUAAAUGAACGUGUGUACUUUGUGUAUUUUAACUAUGAGGUCAAAUAUAAUGAUGUACUGAAAAAAGAAAACAUCGCUGAGAGAAUAAAGAAACUCUGGAAGUAGAAAUAUA